AUGAAGACGCCAUUGCGGAUAGCGAUUCUAGAGUGCGAUACUCCACCAGCAGCUAUCGUCGAUGAGUAUGGCCGAUACGAUCGCAUCUUCACCACACUGUUGGAGAGGGCAGCACAGGACCUAGGCUUAUCGCCAAAGCAAGACUUGGAGUUGAGCGCAUUUGAUGUGGUCACAGCACAGGAGUAUCCGGACUUGCAGAACAUAGACGCAGUGUUGAUUUCGGGAUCGAAGCACAACUCAUUCGAUGAUGAUCCAUGGAUCUUGAAGCUUGUCGACUUUACCAAGAAAUUACUAGAGCAAGACCGAAUCCGCGUGAUCGGUGUUUGCUUCGGCCAUCAGAUCCUGGGAAGGGCGGCAGGAGCGAAAGUUGGACGCAGCGACGAUGGGUGGGAGAUAUCGGUGAUGCCAGUGCAACUUACCGCGAAGGGGAAGGAAAUAUUUCAACAAGACACCUUGGCAAUUCACCAAAUGCACAAGGAUGUAGUCUUCGAGUAUCCAGAGGGUGUGGAGAAGCUCGGUGGAUCACCACGUUGUCUGGUACAAGGCAUGUACAAGAAGGGCAAGCUCAUCUCCGUGCAAGGGCAUCCGGAAUUCACGGAGCCCAUUGUGUCGUAUUUGGUCAAGAUGAGAGCUGAACAGGGUAUCUUUGAGGACGAGCAGGCAAAGGAUGCGCUGGAGAGAGUUGGGAGAUACGGUGUUGUCCUAGAUGCUGGGUCCUCUGGGACGCGCGUCCACAUCUACCGAUGGCUGAACCACGACGCCGCCCGCAAGAAGGCUGGCGAUGCGCAACUACACAGCCUGCCGGUCAUAGAAACAAAGGAGGAUUGGACUAAGAAGAUACAUCCAGGCAUCUCCACCUUCGGCGAACACCCCCACGAUGUCGGCUCCGAACACCUCGACAAGCUCCUCAGCCAUGCGCUCAAAUACGUACCCCUCGAAGAAGUCCCGAAUACACCUCUCUUUCUGCUCGCAACAGCGGGCAUGCGCAUACUCCCCGAGCGCCAACGGAAGGAGGUACUGAAGGAAGUCUGCGAGUUCGCGCGAAGCACCACCCAGUUCCAACUACCGGAUUGCGACGUACAUGUUCAGGUCAUACCGGGAGAGACAGAAGGCCUCUAUGGCUGGAUCGCAGCGAACUACCUGCUUGGCGGAUUCGAUCGUCCCAAAGACCACGACCAUGGCAAGGGCCACAACACCUAUGGAUUCCUGGAUAUGGGAGGCGCGUCGGCUCAGAUCGCCUUCGCACCAAAUGCGACCGAAGCGGAGAAGCAUGCGAACGACCUGACGCUCAUGCGCCUGCGUGCGAUCGACGGCACACCGCUCGAACACAAGGUGUUUGUGACGACAUGGCUGGGAUUCGGCAUCAACCAAGCAAGAGAGCGCUACAUCAAGGCGUUGUUGGAGUCCAGCACGGAGAGGGAGCUUCCAGAUCCUUGCCUACCAGCAGAUCUCAAGGUGGAGGUCACAGAAGAUGGCAACAUGAUCGACUCGGACGACGACGACGAUGAUGACGACCAGCCAAAACCGAAGGCCGCAGCGAAGUUGGUAGGAACAGGACAGUUUUCAGAGUGUUUGCAUCAGACGUUUCCGCUUUUGGAGAAAGAGAAGGAGUGUACAGAUUCGCCAUGCCUGAUCAACGGACAGCAUGUGCCCGCUAUCGAUUUCAACGUAAACCACUUCGUAGGCGUAUCCGAGUACUGGCAUACCACGCACGAGAUCUUCGAACACGGACACAAGCACAAGGCAUAUGACCUCAAGACCUAUCAGGAGCGAGUGGAUGAGUUCUGCAGUCAAGACUGGAAGAGCAUAGAAAAGGGCAUCAAGAAGAAGAAAUGGGGUCACAAAGUAGAUGAGGACAAGGCACGAGAGGUGUGUUUCAAGGCGUCCUGGGUCAUCAACAUGCUGCACGAUGGAAUCGGCGUCCCCCGAGUUGGCAUCGAAGACUUGAACGGCAGCACGAACACCACCAAGGACGUCAUUGACAAUGCAAAGGCCAAGGGAUUUCUCGACCCAUUCCAAGCAGUCAACAAGAUCAACAAGGUGGAGCUGAGCUGGACACUGGGAAAGAUGGUCUUGUACGCUUCCAGCGAGAUUCCACCACCCUCCGAAGAAGCCCUCGCAGUAGGCUUUGGCUCGAACGUACCCGGUAUACCAGCAGAUUUCCAAUACCCCGGAGGCAUACCAAGACUGUACGAAUCCGACAGUGACUGGCAUCGGCUUUUCGUCGAGAACCCGCAGCGAAUACCUGGUUUCUUCAUCAUGAUAUUCAUCGUCAUCUUCAUCUUUUGCCUCAUUCUUGGAAAGGAAAAAAGGAAUGCGGCCAAGCAGUCCAUCAUCAAGCUCUUCAAGAGGAAACAGGGCAAAGAUCCUCUCCACCGCCGCCGAGGGCGCAGUUUUCCAGCAAAGCUCUUUGGCCUGGGUGGUUCCUCCUCCUCCAAUACCCAACAACCUUACGAACGCGUUGACCUAGAAGAUGGCGAGGCAGCGAACGAAUUUGAACUCGAAGAGACGUACCUUGACUCCUCGGACAACGAGCUAUCAGACUCCUCUGAGGGUUCCAAGGUUGGAAAGACAAGUGGUUGGGCGACGCCGCAGAUCAAGAAUGAACUUGCGUCAGGUGCACCAAACUACUUUGGCGCCACGAGUGCUGGAGACGUGGUCAGAGAAGGGACGGGCCUGGGGCUCGGGCCCCCGAGUGCCUUUGAGUUGAGCCGGACGUACAGCCGGGAGAGAAUAAAGAGCCGCGCAAACAGUCCGAAGAGAGGGAGAGGCAUGACGAAACUAGAUGAAUAA